UCUCCCGCCUGUUAUGCUCCGCGGUCGACGCCUGCUGCCGCCACAGGAGAUCGUAUAGCCAAGAUCGCUCCAUUCUGAUUUGGCUAACUUGUGUAUCAUGGUGAAACUGUUGACACUUCCCCUUCUGUUGGUGACAAUCAUCAUGACGUCAUCAAUCCGUGACGUCACUUCCGCAGCGGUCGACCAACGCUUAGCGGAACUCCCCUUCGAAGGUUCCGCCGGCCCGGUUCGACCUUCGGACCCGCACUCUCACCUUCUGGCGCCCUUCCGCCCCUCCGCCGACCACGCCCGCAGGAGGAGAUUGGCGGGUCCUCUCCCCAAGACGGACUCGAGGCGCGACCCUCUCCCGGCGUCUUCUUCAAGUAGCAAGAGUUCCAGGAGGUACUUCCGCCAUCGUCGCCCUGGACUCUAUUUCUAAAUGGGUUGUGAGGGUUGAGGUUUUGUGAGUGGGUUGUGAGGUUU